AUGGGCGGACAAGCUUCGAAGUCUUCGGAAACUCAGGUAUUUAUACCCAGAUCCCAAGUAGAUUUUUCAGAAUCACUACUUGCAACGUUAGAAUCCUCGAAGGAAACUGAUUAUACUAGAAGUCAAAUUGCAGAAAGAUACAUCGAGCAGAGAGUCUCAGAUAGAUUGAGCCAAUUAGAAGAAGAUACUUUGAAAAAAUUCGAGACUAAGUUGGAACUUUCAUUGAACUCAAACACUGAAGAUUCUACAAAAGAACCUAUACUCUCUACUAAACUUUUACAAAAUAAAAUUGAAGAAUUAAAUAAAAGAUUAUCACUAUUUGAAAAUAAAGACAGUGAAAAGAAGAUUACAUUGCAAUCAUUAGAUGAUGAUAAAGGUGUAAGAAGAGAAUUGCUGAAAUGUUUGCUAGAUAACUCAGGUAAACCAUUGAAUUGCUACGAUCUAAUACAACAAUUCAAGCAAAAGGUAUCUGAAAGUACACCUUGA